AAAGGCAGAGCAGAGGAAUCAGACCCCGGUGAACUCGUGGCGAUGCGUCGUAGGCAUGUCGCGACCCCCGGCGCCGGAACGUCCACGACCAUGAGAGCGCCGGGUGCCGGGCCACCAGUCUCGUCCUCAUCGUACUGGCCACCUGGCACGACCUCGUCGGGUACGAUCCGUCGAUCGGCGAUCGCCGUUUAAAAUCAAGUUACAACUCGGCAAACGUGGAACGUCGUCGCCGCGUCGCUGGUACGCGCCGGAGCCGCCUCGACUCGUCGCAGCAUCGCUUCGGACAUCCGCGGUCGAGGGAAUAUAUAUAUUUAGAGAGGGUUGGAGGGGGGGGGGCGCGGUGGGGACGGAGAAUCUGGAGCACGAACAGGUGGUGCGGCAUCAGUCGAGCGCUGGGGAGGACAGAUAUGUCGGGGGAGAAGUAACAGAACCACGCCGUGACGUAGCUGAAAAGUCCCAAUAAAUUGGAGUUCCUAAGGCACUUAGGACGCGAUACACGGCGCAACAUAUCGCGACGGCUCGGCACUAUUUUCUAUGCCACCGUAUCCUGUACAAGGUAUCCUGGACAAUCAAUAUUUGCCAACAAUCUGCGAUCAUGCUCAGCCCGAAGAUGCAAAGAACUGUGAGGGUGAACGACUCGCAACUCGUUAUGAUGUCGGAGAAAGCGCAAUACGAUCACUCGUUGAAAGGAUAUUUGCACAAGCGGACCGCCGACUCGGCCAAGUGGCAAUUACGAUGGUUCAUUUUGUAUCAGAAUAUAUUAUUCUACUACGAGAACGAGAACUGUACGAGGCCAAGCGGCGUUAUAUUUUUGGAGGGUUGCUAUUGCGAUCGCCUAAUCACCGCCAAAGGCAAGGAACCGGAUAACCAGCUCUGUUUCGCUAUAUCAUAUAGGAAAGAGAAUCAACGGCAAUACGAACUGAAAGCGAACACGGAAUACGAUUGCAAAACGUGGAUCGAAGCUAUACGGGAUGGAAGUUUCAAUAAAAUGCUGUUGCAAAAGGAGGAGCUCGAGCAGAAACACUUGCACCUGUUGAAAAUAGUCGAGAGCGAGAAAACGGCCAAGUGGCAGUACAUUAAGCAAUGCGAGGACCUCACAUUGGAAAGAAAUAUGCUCCGGGCCGAAGUGGUCAGUCUGAAGAAGCAACAGGAAUCGGUGUCGACGUCGUAUUCGAGGAGACUAGGAGUCCAGAGAACCAUGUCUCAGGGCACUGGAAGUAUGUAUAUGAGUGGGUCACUGUUCAAUGACGAUAACAACUGCCCCGGUUCCCCGUUUGGCAUGCGAGACAUCACUGAGGCCGAGAUGCGUAAGAUAAAGAAGGUUCAAAGCUUCUUAAGAGGUUGGCUCUGUCGCAGACGGUGGCAGCAGAUCGUGGAACAAUACAUAAAAAGUCCUGACGCAGAGAACAUGCGUAGGAGGAACAGCUUAGUGUUUCAAAUAGUGGAGGCGGAGGAAGAGUACACGGAGCAAAUGGAGAUAUUGGUGAGCUGUUUCUUGAGACCUCUCAAGAUGGCUGCGAGUUCAAAGAAACCCCCAUGCAGCCACGAGGACGUGAACAGUAUCUUUCUGAACAGUGAAACCGUCUUGUUUCUUCAUCAGAUCUUCCUCAAGGGUCUCACAGCUCGUAUGGAGAGUUGGCCCACCAUAGUCAUCGGCGAUUUGUUCGACAUGUUACUACCGAUGUUGUCGAUUUAUCAAGAGUACGUCAGGAAUCAUCAUUAUAGUCUCCAGGUGUUGACCGAAUGCAAACAACAAUCACCUGCGUUCGUUGCAUUGCUCACUAGAUUAGAGAACAAGUCUGUUUGCGGAGGACGUUCCCUGGAGACCUUCCUAACGUACCCUAUGCAUCAGAUUCCAGGGUAUAUAAUCAAAUUGCACAAUUUAGUAUCUCUGACGCCUCUUGGUCACGUCGAACGUAAGAGUUUGCAAAACGCGGGGCAACACUUGGAAGCUCUAUCGAGGCAAAUGCGCGAUGAGGUCAGUGAAACUGAAAAUUUGCGGAAGAAUUUGGCUGUCGAACGAAUGAUCGUGGAAGGCUGCGAUAUUCUACUGGACGUUAAUCAAGUGUUCGUCAGACAGGGUACGCUCAUCCAAAUUUUAGAUAAGCCGAAAGGCGCACGAAGCAGAUUGAGCGCGACUUUCGGAGGAAAGAGCGGAAGCGAGAAAGAGGCACUCAGGAAGUGUUUCCUCUUCACCAAUCAUUUACUGUUGACAACGCGUCAGUCGGACGACGAUGGCCGUGUGAAUCUUGUUCCGCAUAUUGGCAAGAUACCGCUCGCCGAUGCGAAGCUAGUGGAAGAUCCCCACGAUCAGAGCACCGCGGAUGAUGACGAACUGUCAGUAUGUUCGAUGUCCAGCGGUAUCAGCGAGAGCAGUGGGAGUGGUAGCGGUAGUGUCAGCACCCAAUUGCAGAACCGCGACUUUAAGAUAAUAUUCGACUUGAAAUCCGGUGGACCGCAAGUCUCGAUACAUCUCGUCGCCCAUACUAUCGAGGAUAAAGCGGCUUGGAUCAGCGAUAUCAGCCAGUGCAUGGACAACGUUCACUUCAACGACCUGCUACGAGGCUCGUUGCCGGACACUAGUUCCGUCACGAUGCCUCAAUCCAUUAGAAGCGACCCGAGGUUGUUCAAAGACGACGUAGACAUCAGAUUUAGCGGGAAUUUGAAUUCCUGCAAGUUACCUCAGAUUCGUUCGGCCACGCCCGAGCGUCUGCUUCAAAGGCUGACGGACUUGAGAUUCCUCAGCAUAGAUUUCCUGAACACGUUCCUGUUAACGUAUCGCGUAUUCACCGAUGGAGUCAUAGUGUUAGAAGCUUUGAAGAGAGUAUUUUACGAGUCCGACCUAAGCGACGCUGAAAUGCCGACAGGAUCUUUCGUAUCUUUAGAUGCACUAGCAGGAAAUGCGACGGACUCGCAACUGCACGUGGAUGACAGAAGGAGUUAUAUCUCGCCACGAAGAAUCAGUGGUGCCAGCACAGUCUCUGGGUAUGGAUCUGAAAUAAGUGGCGAAGGGAAGAGUCAUUCCUCUGAGUGCGGCAGCGGGUACACGCUCAAUUCGAAAGGGUACUGGAAGGGUGGUGCUUAUAAAAGAGUGGACGAGGAGCAAUUAGGUCUGAUCACAGAGACUCCUCCGAUAAUCAAACAGAGCCCGACUAUAGUGUCGUCCACCGUGUCCAGUGAUUCUCAAUCUCCGACGACGCCACGGAAAACUGGUGUUCGCGUGAAGGAAGAGAAAGAGGAGAAGAAGGAAGAGAAGGAGGAGAAGAAGGAAGAGGACGACGGCUGUCAUUUGACCAUACCAAAAGUCAUUGGCGGUUCGUCGAGCUCCGAGACUCUCACAGAUAAUACUAUGGUCAGUGCACCCUCGUCUCCGAGUAAUCUAAGCUCUGUUACGUUGGUCGGAUCGACAGGAUCAGGAUCAGGUUCUGGAUCCGAUCGUAGCCCUCAGGACGGGGGUACUUAUUCACGGGGUGCUUCCACGGACACUGACACGCUAGUAACGACCGACCAUCCAAAGGGUGCAGCAAUCGGACAAUCAAGUUGUGAGGAUUCCGAGCCCGAGACGCCGAAAUUAGAAAAACAGGAAACAUUCACGGAGACUCCUCAGACACCGAAAGAAAAGAGAGCCGAGGCACAAUCUGAAGUAGCCAGAGAGGAGAAAGAGAAACAAGCCGAAUCUGAAAGUAGUUCUCCUGUACCGCCUCCGUCUCCUCAACAACUUCAACACUCGAGACCAGAGAUUCAACAUUAUUCUCAUCGUUACGAGCACAGAGCGUCGAUCGCAUCUGCGCCCGGAGCCACUUCCCAGUCUCCUCAGUUAGGUCAGCAGAAACACGAGACGUCGCAUCUUUACGAUCACAGAGGGUCGGUCGCUUCCGCGCCCACGGUUACUGGAAGGAGCAGUUCCAUUUCUACCAUAACUGGAAAUUAUUGGUCAACCAGGCGAUCAAUACAAGAGUCGGAAAUGUAUUCGCAAAGCAACUUCCAACAGGACCAGAUAUCAAGCAGAGCCGGAGUGGUGAUAACCAGCUCCAGGCAGAGUCAACGAAGCAUUGGACCUGUACCGAUAUGGAGUAGCACGGCCACGGCUGCUACUGCGUUCGCGAUCGCAACGUCCGCGUCCAGUAAUCCACCGGACAUAGACAGGGGCAGUGAUCGGGAAAAGAAUAGACGGAAGGAGUCGGUCAUUUCAACGGCGGCCACGAUGCGAGUGCUCAACGUUCUUAGGCACUGGAUCUCUAAACACGGUCAAGACUUCGAGUCUAAUCCGAAAUUGAAAAAACUGACGAAAGAGUUCCUGGAGGACAUCACCUACUGCCCCAAUCUCCUACCGGCUGAACACAAAGCCGCGAAUCAACUCCUCAGAUUGAUCACUAAACCCGAGAGUAACAAAGUCGACUUGAGGAAAUUGCUAAGUCCCCCUUCCGUGCCGACCAAAGAGAAUAUCGAGACUUUAUCCGCGCUUGAGAUUGCAGAGCAGAUGACGUAUUUGGACCAUAAGAUUUUUAUUUCUAUCUCCAGCGAAGAAUUCCUUGGACAAGCAUGGAUGAAGGCUGACAAAGCUACGCGCGCCCCGCACUUACUCUUGAUGACGAAGAGAUUCAACGAAGUCUCGCAAUUGGUCGUGUCGGAAAUCAUUCGCCGCUCGAACCUCUCGGCAAGGGUUGCGGCGAUCGAGAAAUGGGCCGCAGUCGCGGAUAUCAACAGAGUUUUGCAUAAUUACAACGGCGUGUUGCAGAUCUGCGCCGCAUUCACGAACAGCAGCGUGUUCCGAUUAAAGAAGACAUGGGAGAAAGUGUCGAAAACGACGAAGCAGACAAUUGAGAAGCUGCAAAACAUAGUGUCCUCAGAUAGUCGGUUUCGAAACUUGAGAGAAGUGUUGCACCAUUGCGAUCCACCUUGCAUCCCUUAUUUAGGAUUGUAUUUGACCGAUCUGUCGUUCAUAGAAGAGGGUACGCCAGCCAUGACCGACGAUGGCCUUCUAAACUUCUCAAAAAUGCGAAUGGUUGCUCAUGUGAUCCGUGAAAUACGUCACUUCCAACAGACGCCGUACAAGAUUGAACUGAUGACGAAGGUCACCAACUACCUGUUGGACCCGUCAUUAUUGUUGAGCGAGAAAGAUCUCUAUCGCAUGUCUCUAGAGAUCGAGCCAAGAGCAUCUAGGCUAAGUAGUUCAACUUUGAUUAAUCUGCCGUAAACGACACACCCACUAAAUGAAUUUAUCACCUACUUAUCAAUAGUAAAACACGUAAUUAUCCCCGUCUUCAAGUUACUUUUCUAGAUGAUAAGAGACGUAAUUAAAACGAGACUACUGAAUAUUUUAACCGCGAUCAAAAAAAAAAAAGGAAAUGAGCAGAUAUAUAGAUGAUUCCUGAACAAAAUUUAAUCUCUCCUUGGAUUCAAUUCCAGAGAAACAGGUUUACGCGGUAUUUCGAGAUUGAAAAAUAUAGCAACAAGGAAUGUCGAAACUCUUAACGUGAACGUUGAUUAUUUAAUAAUAAGAAUUUCAUCUCGUUCGUCGUGUUGAAUUCGAGAUGCUACCUUACUUGCAUAAAUGUUGAACUUUCCAGUUAUCGUUAAUUUUAUGUAAAGUAUACUAUAUAGAGACGAACAUCUCUUUUGCUAGAGUGGAUAAAUUAUGACCUCUGUCCGAAGCAUUUGUGACAGUAAGGCAGAAAUCUCGUGAUUACGAUAAUGAUUCCAUCGAAAUUUGAAUUCAGAAUUUAUAAUUAGAUCCCCUGACGUUAGUCGAAGGUAGAGAUACCCGAUACCCGGACGCAAACACGGCGAGUCCUUUCGCGCUGGACACGAGCCAACGUGUUUCCAACCCCGUCCAUUUCUGUCCAUGAACCCUCGUUCGUCCGUUUUCUCUGUGUUUCGACCCGCGUGCGUUUACGUCGAAUUUACCAAGAAAAUUCGAUCACGGAAAGAGGAGAGAGAAAGAGAGAGAGAGAGAGAGAGA